AUGGCUGCUGCAGCCGAUGUGUCCCUGCAAACGAAUGAUGUCGUUCAGCGACAGAUCGCCAGGGCAGCCGUCUGGGGCUGCCCCGGCCUCGAGUUUUCGCGAGUGACGGCCGCGGCUCAGCCCUCGGAGAGGCCGGCUCUGGGGGAGCACCUGGACCUGCAGCUCAGCCAGAGGCCACCGCGCGAAGUGCUCCGUGAACGUCAAAGUGUUGCAUUGGGACUUGCCGUGCAGGCUCCGAGCCCAAGCCCUUCGGAGAAGAUCACGGAGGAGGCCCGGCCGGGACCUACCGGCACCACUGCGACACAUGGCAGAGCGCUCAAAGCCAUCUUGCAGAACGCGGUGACACGGUUUCCAACGGAGAACAUCAUCACCAACAUGUAUUUCUACUUCGUGUUGACAAUGUUCCUUCUUGUCGUCUUCUAUGUGGUGGUCUUCCAGAUGCUGGAGGAGGAGCAUGAGAAGGAUAGCUAA